AUGGAAGCUUAUAGACUGAUGCACGGGCGUGAUGACGAUCCACCAAGACAGAGCGAGCUUACAGAGGAUGUUCUUGGGAACGAUGAGAUCCCGGAGGGCUCCUUCGCUCUUCUUUUGCCAGCGACUAUCAAUGGAUAUGGAUUCCAUAACAAGAAGUGGAGUGUGCUACUCGUCGAACACAUAGAUGCCAUCAGAUGGAACAAAGAGGUUUUUGAGCAUCAACUGGUUCUUCAAGAAAGCAAGAAAGAGCUAGUAAAGGCUUUAGUUUCAGUCCAUAUAGAGAAGGAUGAUACGAUUGGAACUGACUUCAUGGAUGGUAAGGGAGAAGGACUGAUCAUCCUACUUCACGGUGGGCCAGGUACUGGGAAGACUCUAACAGCAGAGAGCAUUGCAGAACUCGUUGAACGUCCACUGUACAGAGUCACAUGCGGUGACAUUGGCACGGAUGCCAAAAGUGUUGAGGAAUAUCUUGACUCAGUCUUAUACAUCGGCAGCAACUGGAAAUGCGUCGUUCUAAUGGAUGAGGCUGACGUGUUCCUAGAGGAAAGGACCAAGUUGGAUAUGCAGCGCAACGCUCUCGUGUCCGUAUUCCUUAGAGUUCUCGAGUACUACAACGGAAUCCUCAUUCUGACGACGAAUCGUAUCGGCACCUUCGAUGAGGCUUUCAAAUCUCGUGUUCAGCUUGCGCUCCACUACCCACCGCUGGAUAGGGAAGGUCGUCGGGAAGUCUGGAGGAACUUUGUUCAGUCGUUGUCGGAAGCUGGUGAGAACAUCAACAGCGAAGAAAUCAGCAAAAAGCUCGACAUGCUCGCACGACAUAAACUGAACGGUCGGCAAAUCAGAAACACGAUCAACACAGCUCGGCAGCUGGCGCGAUACAAGAAGGAGACUUUGCGCUUUGCACAUGUAGAUCAGGCGGUUGGAGUGGUCAAUGAGUUUGAGAGAUAUGUCACGGAUGUACACGGCCAUGAUGAUGAAGAGUAUGCGCGAGAUCAAGGGUUGAGAAAUGAUGGUAACUCACGCGAGGUAGAAUGA